AUGGAGAAGUUGAACAUCAAAGAGAAGCAGUUGCUGCCCAGUCGGACUGUGUUUCAUGUCAUUGUGCCAUGCCUUUCCUGCUCACCAAUCGGCAAAAUCAAGAUAGAUGUCAUCUUUGGAGACAGGAAUCACUUCUGCCGGGAAGCGAUCUGGUUUGAGGUGGUUGACCUGGAAAGCCCUUAUCAUGUGCUCCUAGGCCGGCCAGCUCUAGCCAAGUUCAUGGCGGUACCUCAUUAUGCCUACCUCAAGCUGAAGAUGCCAGGGACCAAGGGCAUUAUCAUGAUCAAUGGAGACUAUGAGAAGUCAUCCGCAUGUGCUGCAACCAGCAGCUGGUUGGCCGAGUCCCUUGUGAUUGCUGUUGAGAAGAAGCUCCUGGACCGGGUGGUGGCCAUGGUCGGCAAGCAGCCGGAGCUGUCACCAGAACCCAAAGAGUUAGAGACCCAGGGCUCCUUCCAGCCGGCCAAAGAAACAAAGAAGAUUCACUUGGACCCUGAGCACCCGGAAAGGCACGCUAUCGUAGGUACCAACCUUGAUAGCAAAUAG